GCUAAAAGUCUCCGUUAGACUUGCUUCACGAGAUCUACAAGCUUCCUUCUCCUUUCCAUGAAAUUUCCAGAAUCAAAAAGCUACUUUAAAAGUUUUUCCUAAUUUCUUUUAAGCUAUUGUUCUUAACGCUAUAACUUUUCCAGAUAUAGUCUUUUUUCUUAGCUUAAUAAUGGCUUCUUCUUCCUCCUCUUCCCGCAAUUGGGUAUACGAUGUUUUCCCAAGUUUCAGUGGAGAAGACGUCCGCAUAACUUUCCUCAGCCACUUUCUUAAAGAACUUGACCGAAAACUGAUUAUUGCUUUCAAAGACAACGAGAUUGAGAGAAGCCAGUCGCUUGAUCCCGAGCUUAAACAAGCGAUCAGGUCUUCAAGGAUCGCGGUGGUUGUGUUUUCGGAAAAGUACCCAUCUUCCAGCUGGUGCCUGGACGAGUUGCUGGAGAUCGUGAGAUGCAAGGAAGAAUUAGGUCAACUGGUUAUACCAGUUUUCUACGGUUUAGAUCCAUCUCAUGUCAGGAAACAAACCGGACAAUUUGGAGAGGCUUUUGCGAAGACUUGUCAAAGAAAAACAGAGGAUGAAACAAAACUUUGGCGGCAAUCCUUGACAGAUGUAGCAAAUGUCCUAGGAUAUCAUUCUCAAAACUGGCCUAGCGAAGCAAAAAUGAUUGAAGCAAUUGCCAAUAAUGUCUUGGGUAAACUGAAUUUCACUCCAUCGAAGGAUUUUGAGGAUUUUGUCGGAAUGGAAGAUCAUAUUGCAAAGAUGAGUGUAUUAUUGAAUUUGGAAUCUGAGGAAGUGAGGAUGGUUGGGAUAUGGGGCUCCUCAGGAAUUGGCAAGACUUCCAUUGCAAGAGCUUUAUAUAAUCAACUCUCUCGUCGGUUCCAAGGUAGUGUUUUCAUAGAUAGAGCAUUUGUAACUAAGAGUAAGAGUAAUUAUGAAAGUGCCAACCCUGACGAUUAUAACAUGAAGUUGUAUUUGCUAAGAAGUUUUUUGUCUGAAAUUUUGGACAAAAAAAACGUAAGGAUAAAUCACUUAGGUGCAGCGGAAGAGACGUUAAAUCGCCGGAAAGUUCUUAUCUUUAUUGAUGAUAUGGAUGAUCAAGUGGUGCUAGAUACUUUGGCUGGUCAAGCUCAGUGGUUUGGAUGUGGGAGCAGAAUCAUUGUGAUUACAAAAGAUAAACAUUUUUUAAGGGCCCAUAGGAUUGAUCAUAUUUAUGAGGUCUGUCUUCCAUCUAAAGACCUUGCGCUUAAGAUAUUUUGUAGAUCUGCUUUCAAGAAAAACUCUCCACCUGAAGGUUUGAUGGAUCUUGCUUCUGAAGUUGCAUUGUGUGCCGGUAAUCUUCCUUUGGGUCUUAAGGUUUUGGGCUCGUAUUUACGAGGUAGAGACAAAGAGGAUCUGAUGGAUAUGUUGCCGAGGCUUCGAAAUAGUUUGGAUGGAAAAAUUGAGAAGACGCUAAGAGUUAGUUACGAUGGAUUAAAUGACAAAAAGGAUAAAGCGAUAUUUCGUCACAUUGCAUGUCUUUUCAAUGGUGAAAAAGCCAAUGACAUCAAGUUGCUACUAGCAGACAGCGGCUUGGAUGUUAAUAUCGGGUUGAAAAACCUUGUUGAUAAGUCUCUCAUACAUGUAAGAAAGGAAAUUGUUGAGAUGCACUCUUUGCUCCAAGAAAUGGGUAAGGAGAUCGUCCGUGCACAAUCCAAUGAGCCUGGAGAACGAGAGUUCCUUGUGGAUGCAAAAGAAAUUUGUGAUUUACUUGAAGAUAACACUGGUACCAAAAAGGUUUUAGGUAUAUCAUUGGAUAUGGAUGAGAUAGAUGAAUUGCAUAUACAUGAGAAUGCCUUCAAAGGGAUGCGUAAUCUCAUUUUUCUAAAAUUUUACACUAAGAAAUGGGACCAGAAGAAUGAGGUGAGAUGGCACUUACCGGAAGGAUUCAACUAUUUGCCCCAUAAACUUAGGUUAUUGAGAUUGGACGGAUAUCCAAUGAGGCAUAUGCCUUCUAACUUUCGUACCGAAAAUCUUGUUGAGCUGCAUAUGCCAGGGAGCAAACUUGAGAGGCUAUGGGAAGGAGUUCAAGAACUUAAAGGGCUCAAGACGAUAAAUUUGCACAGAUCUAAAAAUUUGAAAGAAAUACCAAAUCUUUCGAUGGCCACCAAUCUUGAGGAACUUCAUCUUGGUGAUUGCUCAAGUUUGGUGGAACUUUCUUCCUCUGUUCAGUAUCUCAAUAAGCUGAAGAGUUUGGUUAUGUCAGGAUGCAUAAAUCUGGAGAUUCUUCCCACUGGAAUCAACCUCCAAUCUCUUUUUAGCCUUAAUCUGAAAGGAUGCUCAGGGUUAAAGAUUUUUCCCAAUAUCUCAACCAACAUCUCAUGGCUAAUUCUAGAUGAAACAUCAAUUGAAGAAUUUCCUUCUAACUUGCGUUUAGAUAAUCUUUUACUUCUUAGCAUGUGUAGAAUGAAGAGUCAGAAACUCUGGGAUAGAAAGCAGCCGCUUACGCCUCUCAUGGCCAUGCUGCCUCAUUCUCUGGAGGAAUUGUUUCUCUCGGACAUUCCAAGUUUGGUGGAUAUUCCUUCCUCUAUCCAGAAUUUCACUCACCUUGAUUGUUUGGGAAUUGAAGAUUGCAUAAACCUGGAGACUCUUCCCACCGGCAUCAACUUUCAUCAUCUUGAAAGCCUUAAUCUCAGUGGAUGCUCUCGGUUGAAGACUUUUCCAAAUAUCUCAACCAACAUUGAACAACUCUAUCUACAACGAACAGGGAUAGAAGAAGUUCCUUGGUGGAUAGAGAAAUUCACAAAGCUUGAUUACAUAACUAUGGAGAAAUGCAACAAUUUAAUACGUGUAUCCCUAAACAUUUACAAACUGAAACGUCUUAUGGUUGACUUUUCAGACUGCGGGUCAUUGACUGAAGCUAGUUGGAAUGGUAGUCCAAGUGAGGUGGCAAUGGUAACAGACAAUAUUCACUCUAAGUUUCCAGUCCUUGAAGAGGCUUUCUAUUCUGAUCCAGAUAGUACUCCCCCAGAAUUUUGGUUCAAUUUCCACUUCCUCAACUUGGAUCCAGAAGCUCUCCUUCGCCAACGAUUUAUCUUUAACUCCAUAACCUUGUCAGGUGAAGAAGUGCCUUCAUAUUUCACUCACCAAACUACUGAAAUCUCUUUAACCAGUAUCCCUCUACUUCAACCCUCUCUUUCUCAACAAUUCUUCAAAUUUAAGGCUUGCGCAGUGGUUAGUUUCGACUCUUUGUUCCUAACUUGGGGCUUUGGAGUAUAUAUCCGUGUAAACUGUCGGUUCAAAGACAGACAUGGGAACAGCUUUGAUACCUUUGGUCAGCCACAUGGCUUCAGCGGAUCUAAGAAGGAUAAUAAUCUGUUUAUAUUGGACUGUCGUGUCCCGCUAAACAAAGAUAACGCUGCUCUUGCUCAACUGAACUAUGAUCACGUGGAUAUGGAAAUUCAAAUUAGAAAGUUGGAUCAAUCAUACAAGUAUGGCUAUACCUUCAAAUUAAAAGGAUGGGGUAUACGAGUGUUAGAGGAAUGUUCACUACUGGAGAACCGACUUCCACAUGUUUAUGAAGCAGAUGAAGACAAUUUGGUUAAUAUGACUGAGCACAGUGAAGAGUAUGUUGAGACAGUUGUGAAGAGACAAAGAGAAACUGGAAGCGACUGCAUAUUACCUAAAGGACCACUCAAGAAACCCCUGCUUUGCCCUGCCUCCGAUACCCAGGAGGAAAACAAGACGUCACUUUGAAUCUUUGAUUGUGUGAAUAUUGAAAUGAGUAUAGUAUUGCCAGUUAUAACUUUUUAUGGAACAACAAUAUACAAGGAGGAUAUACAAAGAGUCUUCAAUGUCUCCCCAGCUGGAAAGACGUUUUCAGCUUCAUCUUGCAAAGGAUUUGGUCUCUGUUUCAGAAAAAAUAAAAGAUUUGCAGAAACUUGUUCUACUAGUCUGUCUUGUAGUCUCGAUAUGUGGACGGUGCUGGUCCAUGAAAAACCUAGCGGGCCCAACAAGUCAAACCAAAUUUGUAAUUGUGUUUCAUGGACCAUAUUGAAGGGAGUCAAGACAACAACACUAUAAGCGUGUGGGGCUAGAGAAAAGCAGGAAGCCGAUCAGAAUAAUUAAGCACUGGUCAUUGACUGAAACAGAGUCAAUUCUAGUGUCAAGAAACAAGGACUUGAUGUGCAGUCAAACCUCCAAGAACACAUGCUGAUGACCCUUUGAACCUAUGAGUGUGAAUCUGGAGACUAUGUUCUCUUCAUUGUCUGUUCUUAUACUAUUCAACCAAUGUUUAUGUCAAUAUAUCGACUUUUCCUUUUGUUUUAAA